UGUCAGCCAUCAGCCAUCUACUUGGCUUUUUGGCAAUUCUACAUCAAAUUCGUUUGGUAAUUUUUCGUGUCUGUGGAAUUUGUUGUACGAUUUUUUUUUUGCAAAAUAUUGUUCAUCUUCAAAAAGAUAUCCAAUAAUAUUAAAGCAAUAAUACAUUAAUCUUAAAAUAUACAAAACCAAUUUCUAAUAAUUUCGGACAAAAAGUGAAUACAUAUAGUUGAGAAAAAAUGAUCAAAUUGUUUUCGUUGAAACAACAGAAAAAGGAUGGUGACCAAACUUCCAAGUCCGGUCCGCAGAAAAAAGCCUCUGCUGCACAAUUGCGUAUACAGAAGGAUAUUAACGAGUUGAACCUUCCAAAAACCUGCGCGACUGAUUUUCCCGAUCCGGAUGAUCUUCUCAACUUUAAGCUUAUUAUUUGUCCAGACGAGGGUUUCUACAAAAAUGGUCGAUUUGUGUUUAAUUUCCGAGUUGGACCAAACUACCCUCAUGAGCCGCCAAAGGUUAAGUGUGCCACUCAAGUUUAUCACCCGAAUAUCGAUUUGGAAGGAAAUGUCUGCUUAAACAUUCUACGUGAAGACUGGAAUCCAGUCUUAACAAUUAAUUCAAUUGUAUACGGACUACAAUAUUUGUUCUUGGAACCAAAUCCAGAGGAUCCACUGAACAAAGAAGCAGCCGAUGUCUUGCAAAAUAACCGAAGACUUUUCGAACACAAUGUCUCAAAAGCCAUGCGUGGUAACUUUAUUGGCGAGACAUACUUUGAGUGCUGCCUCAAGUGAUAUAUAAAAUCAAAACUUAAUCUUAGGAACGGCGUCUGUCUAAUUGCACUUAUAUUGGGUGGGCGUUUUUAUAUUAAUUUUAUUUACAAUUAAAAAAAAAAAACUAGAAA